AUGGCAAAUUUCCGUGAAAGAGAUUUUUAUGAGUUUAACCAAACAACUUCAAUACUCCGGGCUAAGGAGAGUUCUGGUCAUAAAUAUUUGACACCUUUAGAAUCAUUAUUCGAGGACUUUGAAAUAAGCAGUCCUGAGUCUUUUGAUAGUGAUUUUGAAAAUUCAAAACUUCAUAAAGGAAAUACUCUCAAACCUAUUGAAGGCCCAUAUCUAACAACCGUUGACUAUAAUGCAUUUUCUCCAAUUCGGCAAAUGGUUACUCCUAUAGAACCAUAUAGUCAGUUUCAAAUUGUCACAACAUAUGAAUUAUGUCCCCUUGCACGGAUUAUUAAGGAGAUAGAGGAAGUUAAUGAACAAAUGUUAUAUUAUUUUUCCAAAGAAAAUCUCCUUCGAGACAUAUACUUGAGAUCUUUGAUGAAUAGUAAAGGGUUCAUAGCAAUCAGUAUUUUUUCAAACUUUCCACGCAUCAAAAAAAUCCUAAAUAAGUUACCUUUGUUGGAACAAAGAUCGAAAGUAGUAAAGAAUGCACUAAAAUUGUCCGAACCAGAGGUUUUUGAAUUGUUUAAUGAUACGGUGAGGUUAAGAAAGUCAUGGAAAAGGUGGGUGCUCUGA